AUGGCCAAGAAAGCACGCAGCGCGAAGGGUGAGAAGCCCGAAGCGCUCAUCUCCGCCCUGCAGGCCGCCAACGAGGAUUUACGAUCCAAACUCACCGACAUCCAGAUAGAGCUGCAUCAGGAAAAAUGCAAGGUGAGCAAGUUGGAGCGGGACAAGGUGCAGGAGGUGAAGCGUGCACGCGAGCAGGAGCAGCACAGACACACGGCGGCCCUGACGGAGCAAAGGGCCAAAUGGCACGAGGAGAAACAGAAGGAGCUGCAAAGUCUGCGGGAAAGCUUGAGCCGGCAGCAUGAGCAGGAGCUGGCCCGGCACGCCAAGAUCAAAGAGCAGGAGAACCAGAGACUGAAGGCCGCCAUCAACGCCAUGAGGGACGGCAGCGGGGAGAAGGUCCGCACGGCUCUGACGCUGGAGGCCCGGGAGGAGGCGCGGCGCUUCUUUGACCACGAGCGAGUGAAGCUUCUGCAGGAGAUCGCUGAGCUCAAGUCAUGCAAGAAGCAAACGGACGAAGCACUGAGUCACAUGAUCCAGGCCGACAAGAUGAAGGCGGGCGACCUGCGAGUGGAGCACCAGCAGCACCAGGAGCAAAUUUCCAAGAUCAAGUGGGACUGCGAGAAGGACAUUCGCCGACUGGUGGAUGAGAUCAAAUCCAAAGACCGCACCAUCUUUUCUCUUGAGAAAGAGUUGGAGAACACAUCUGGGUUCCUGCAGAAGCUACAGCUGCAGAAAGACGCUUUGGACGAGCAGCUGUUUCUGGUGAAGGAGGCAGAGUGUGGUCUGGGCAGCCCCAAACGAGAGAUCCCUGGCAGAGUGGGCGACGGAGCAGAGCACUGUGGGAGUCCAGACAUGAGAAGAAACCAGAGGCGUGUCGCAGAUCUUAACGCAACAAUACGCAAACUGGAAGAUCGUAAUUCACUGCUGGUUGACGAGAGGAAUGAACUGGUAAAGCGUGUUAGAGAAGGAGAAAAGCAGUCCAAGCCUCUGCUUGAGAAGAACAAACUGCUCCACAAAAAAAAUGAUGACUUGAGUCAGACAAUCCAAAAGCUGGAAGAAAAACUCAAGACUCUGUCCAGGGAGAACUCAGAAAUGAAAGAAAAGAUGAGUUCACAUCCUCCGCUCAAGAAACUCAAGUCGUUAAAUGAUUUGGACCAAGCUCAAGACGACCAGGAAAUUGCUUUUCUGAAACUGCAAGUUCUUGAACAACAAAGCAUGAUUGAUGAGCUGGCCAGGGACAGAGAAAAGCUCCUCAGAAAGAAAAGGCAUAAAAGAAGUUCCAGGCCUAUUAAGAGACAUAUUGUAGUGGACACGUUUUUUGGGUACGAUGAAGAGUCCAUGGAUUCAGAGACGUCGUCCGUAGCCUCUUUUCGAAUGGACCGGACUCCCGCCACUCCAGACGAGGAUAUAGAAGAUGGCGGAGCCAGCGAGGAGUCGGAGCUGCGGUUCCGUCAGCUGACCCGCGAGUACCAGGCUCUGCAGCGCGCAUACGCACUCCUGCAGGAACAGAAAGGUGGAAUGCUGGACGCAGAGAUCGAGGCAAAGGCUCAAGAACAAAUUAAAGCAGAAGUUCUCAGGUACAAAGCCAAAAUUGAGGAUUUGGAAAAAGAGCUGGCUCAUAAAGGACAGGACUCCAAAUGGGUGGAGGAGAAGCAGCUUUUUCUACAAAGGAAUCAGGAGUUAAUAGACAAGAUGGACAAACUGGAGAGUGAAUCCUUCCGUGUGCAAGAGGAGCUUCAGGACUCCAGGGACCAGAACGAACUGUUAGAGUUCCGGAUUCUGGAGCUGGAGGAGCGUGAAAGGCGGUCUCCUCCAUUCAACCAUUUUAAGAUGCACCCUUUCUCUGAAGGCGUCAGCGCUCUCCAGAUCUACUGCAUGAAAGAGGGCGUCAAGGAUGUGUGCAUUCCAGAUUUAAUCAAACUUCUAGACAUACUCGGUGACAACGGAAAUCUAAGAAAUGAGGAACAAGUAGCCAUCAUCCAAGCAAGCACUGUGCUGUCUUUAGCAGAAAAGUGGAUUCAGCAGAUAGAAGGAACAGAGGCAGCACUGCAUCAGAAAAUGGUGGAUCUCGAGAUUGAAAUGGAAAUGUUCUGUAAGCAGAAGGGGUAUCUGGAGGAGGAGUUGGACUACAGAAAACAGGCUCUGGACCAGGCCUACAUGCAAAUCCAGGAACUCGAGGCCACGCUGUACAACGCCCUGCAACAAGACAAGGUGAUCAAAUACGACGAACCUUUGAAUGAGAUGCAGAAGGACGAGCUGCGGACGUCUGUGGAGAAGUUGAGGAGGCAGAUGUUGAGGAAGAGCCGGGAGUACGACUGUCAGAUCCUGCAGGAGAGGAUGGAGCUGCUGCACCAGGCUCACCAGAGAAUCCGUGAUCUCGAGGACAAAACAGAGAUCCAGAGGAGGCAGAUUAAAGACUUGGAGGAAAAGUUUUUAUUCCUCUUUUUGUUCUUUUCUCUCGCUUUUAUCCUUUGGCCUUGA